AUGAAAAACAAAGGUCCUGUCCUUUCAAGCGAGAAUAGGGGUAACGUACCCGUAUCCGUUCAGAGCGACCGUGGAGAUUCACGCACGAUACAAGCGAGAGCGAGAGCAACCUCCAUUCCCGAAUUCGCCGUCAAGAGACCACGCGCAUCCAAAGAACCGCGGAGGUACGCGUGCCACGACACCAUGUGGCAAAUCAAUACCCAGACAUUUGCCUUGCACGAGGGCCCUCCGUCAUUCUUCAGGUCUGAAGGCUACGCGAUCCUCUCCCACCGCUGGGACGACGAAGAGAUCACGUUUAAUGAAUAUCAUUCCUUCAUCGCACAGCUUUCGUCCGAGCAGCCACUACCACCACAGCUGGAGAAGAUCCGGGGUUUGUGUCUGAAGGCACGAGAACAAAAGCUGAGAUGGGUCUGGAUAGACAGUUGCUGCAUCAACAAAGGGAGCUCCGCGGAGCUGGCAGAAGCUAUCCAUUCGAUGUUCAAGUGGUACCGAGAUUCAAAAGUGUGUUUUGCGUAUCUUGGCGAUGUCAGGAAGUCUGAAAGCGUGGCCAGAAACAGCGAAGGUGCAAAGGUAUCAUUCUCAGUGUUCAAUCAGGUUGAAGAGAGAGAGCCGUCAAAGCCAUCUGUGUGGUUCUCUCGCGGCUGGACACUACAGGAACUGCUAGCACCACGGCACAUGGAAUUCUACGACACGAGCUGGGAACUACUCGGAACGAAGAGCUCACUGAUGAGCGAGCUCCAAGAAGUCACCGGGAUUGAUGGGCAGUAUCUUCGAGGCGACAUGCAUUUCAGCAGCGCUAGUAUCGCGACAAAGAUGAGCUGGAUAGCGAACCGCACAACUGUUCGCGAGGAAGACAUGGCGUACAGCAUGCUGGGUAUCCUCAAUGUCACCAUGGUACCUCAGUAUGGGGAAGGGAACUGGGCGUUCAUGCGGCUCCAGCUUCUCCUGCUGUCCACCCUGACCGAUGAAUCUCUUUUUGCGUGGAGGAUGCCUCACGGCGGCGAGAGGAACCUCCAAGGCUGGGGUCCAGACGAAUGGGGUCUCCUGGCGCUACAUCCGAGCUGGUUCAAGGAUUCUACACAGGUCAGCACGACUGGUGACAGAGGCGGAGGUGGACUUGAUGAGGUAUUUUCCGCAGUACCUGGGAUCUUCGCCGGGACACAAGGAGGAAUCCGGAUUCCAUCCCGGAUCCGAGUUGUGAAGGCCAAGUACCUUGCCGUCGCACAGAUUUCAGUGCUCUACGGUGUCGGGGUCAUUAUUUGGCCGACACUGGAGGCUGUUCAGGCCAAACUUCUCUCUGAACAGAAAAAUGAGUUGAUCUUCAUGCUCAAUUGCUGGAAGCCUGACGAGGUUGGAGCACGGAAGCGCAUAUGCCUACACCUCCGACGAGCAGAUGGCAGACAGUCCGCGAUGAAAAGAAGUCUGGUCACUCAGUUGUGCUGCAACCAGAACGAAGUUAUAACGACUGAAAACGGAACGAACGCGGUCUACUGGUGGUUUGAAGUCCAAGAUAGUGCCGAUCCCAAGGCAGAAAAUUCAACGAUGACUUACAUCCAGACACGCUUUCCAGCUCGGGAUGCAACCCCACGAGGUCUAGUUCCGCUCGCAACGCAGAUUCAACCCGGAAGAUAG